CCGUCCCGGCGCAUCCCCACGUGCGCGUGACGCGGGCGGGGGCCGGGGCCGGGACCGCGGAGGAGCGGAACGGAACGGAGCGGAGCGGAGCGGGGCCAUGCAGCCCCCGGCGGCCUCCGCCGGCCCCGCCGCCCCGGCGGGAGCUGAGCUGCUGCGGUGGCAGUGGCGGGAGGUGCAGGCGCCCUGCCUGGUGGCCGCCUGGAUCCUGGUAGCCAGCCUGGCCAAGAUCGUUUUCCACCUGUCAAGGAAGGUGACAUCCGUCGUCCCGGAGAGCUGCCUUCUCAUCCUGCUGGGGCUGGGCCUGGGGGGCAUCGUGUUGGCCGUGGCAAAGAAAGCCGAGUACCAGCUGGAGCCCAACAUGUUCUUCCUCUUCCUUCUGCCCCCCAUCGUCCUGGACUCGGGGUACUUCAUGCCCAGCCGGCUGUUCUUCGACAACAUCGGUGCCAUCCUCACCUACGCCGUGGUGGGCACGCUCUGGAACUCCUUCGCCACCGGCACCGCGCUCUGGGGACUGCACCGGGCCGGGCUCAUGGAUCCAGGUGUUGAAGCUGGGCUGAUGGAUUUCCUGCUCUUUGGCAGCCUGAUUUCAGCUGUGGACCCUGUGGCAGUCCUGGCUGUCUUUGAAGAGGUCCAUGUUAACGAGACCCUCUUCAUCAUUGUGUUUGGCGAGUCUCUCCUGAAUGAUGCUGUCACCGUGGUGCUGUACAAGGUCUUCAACUCUUUUGUGGAGCUGGGCCCAGCGCACAUCCACGCCACCGACUACGUGAAGGGGGUAGCCUCCUUCUUCCUGGUGAGCCUGGGGGGCACAGCCGUGGGGCUGCUCUUCGCCUUCCUGCUGGCGCUGAUCACGCGGUUCACCAAGCGCGUGCGCAUCAUCGAGCCUCUCUUCGUCUUCCUCCUGGCCUACGUCGCCUACCUCGCUGCCGAGAUGGUCUCGCUCUCCGCCAUCCUGGCAGUCACCUUCUGUGGGAUCUGCUGCAAGAAGUACGUGGAAGCCAACAUCUCCCAGAAAUCCCGCACCACGGUCAAGUACACCAUGAAGACACUGGCCAGCAGCUCAGAGACCAUCAUCUUCAUGUUUCUGGGCAUCUCAGCUGUGGACACCUCCAAGUGGACAUGGGACACAGCACUGGUGCUGGGCACCCUCUUCUUUAUUCUGCUCUUCAGAGCCGUGGGUGUUGUUCUCCAAACAUACGUGCUCAACCGCUUCCGCCUCAUCCCCCUGGACAGGAUCGACCAGGUGGUCAUGUCAUAUGGAGGCCUCCGUGGGGCUGUGGCCUUUGCCCUGGUCAUCCUGCUGGACAGGGAAAAGGUGAAAGCCAAGGACUACUUUGUGGCAACGACCAUCGUGGUGGUGUUCUUCACUGUCAUUGUGCAGGGCCUCACCAUCAAACCCCUGGUGACGUGGCUGAAGGUGAAGCGUAGUGACCACCACAAACCCACGCUGAACGAGGAGCUGCACGAGCACGCCUUUGACCACAUCUUGGCAGCGGUGGAGGACAUCGUGGGGCACCACGGCUACCACUACUGGCGGGACAAGUGGGAGCAGUUUGACAAGAAGUACCUGAGCCAGCUCCUGAUGCGGAAAUCUGCCUACAGGCUGCGGGAUGAGAUCUGGGAUGUUUACUACAAGCUGAACAUCCGUGAUGCUAUCAGCUUUGUUGAUCAGGGUGGCCACGUGCACUCGGCUGCCAAGCUGGCGCUGCCCUCCAUGCCCAGCCGCACGUCCAUGUCAGAGUCAUCGGUCACAAACCUCCUGAGGGAGAGCGGGAGCGGCGCGUGCCUGGACCUGCAGGUGAUCGACACGGUGCGGAGCCGCCGGGACAAGGAGGACGCUGCCAUGCACCAUGUGCUGCGAGGGAGCCUCUACAAGCCCCGCCGGCGGUACAAGGCCAGCUACAGCCGUCACUUCAUCUCUCCAGAUAAACAAGAGCGCCAAGAUAAAGAAAUCUUCCGGCAGAACAUGAAGAGGCGUCUGGAGACCUUCAAGUCCACAAAGCACAAUGUCUGCUCCUCCAAGAGCAAGGCCAGGCUGAAGGAAAAAGGCAGGAAAAAGAAGAACAUCUCUCUGACCAAAGAGACGCUCAACGGGAAGACUCACAGAACUGUCCCCUGGCAGGAUGCAGCUCCUGUCCUGGUGAUGGUCAGCUCAGAGGAGGAGGAGAGUGAUAGCUCAGAGACGGAGAAGGAGGAUGAUGAGGGGAUUGUGUUCGUUGCUCGAGCCACUGAUGAGGUCCUUCAGGGAAAGACAACUCCUGGCAGCCUGGAUGUCUGCCCCAGCCCCUGCAUCAUCCCUCCAUCGCCAACCUUAGCAGAGAAGGAGCUGCCAUGGAAAGGAGAUCAGGCUGAUCUGGCUGUUUAUGUCUCCUCGGAGACCACCAAAAUCGUGCCAGUGGAUAUGCAGAAGGCGUGGAACCAAAGCAUCUCCUCCCUGGAGAGCAUCGCUUCCCCCCCAGGCAUCGAGAGCGGACAUCAGCACAGGAGAUUUGCCUGCCCUGUGCUGGAGGAGCAGCCCCAGUCUGCAAGCCAGGCGAUGCCAGAGCAGAGCUCCUGCUUCCAGUUCCCCAGCCACGUCUCCAAGAGCGGCCGGUCCCAGAGCGACAGCAGCCCGGACGGUCCUGAGCAGCAGGAGCUGCAGCCUUUGAUGGCCACAGAGGAGCAGGGCAGGAUGCCACCCUCUGCAGAGCCCAGGUGGCUGAUGUUCAACAGAGCAAGCCACCUCUGAGGCACCCUGUGGACUGGGAAGGGGCUGAGUGCUGCAGACAGGCUAUGACCUGGUGACUGCUCUGUUUUGCACUGCAAAGCUUGUGUGUGUCUCCAUAAACUCCAGGAGUGGCAGGAGAAGCCAGUACUCCUGCUGGAGCUGCUCUCCAGGGUGUGCUUUGCCCAUGCACCUACUGAUGCAAACCUGGUCAAUAAUUGGUCUUUGUGCUGUGACACCCAGGGAGGCACAGAUCCCAAAGCUCGUUCUUCCUCUCUGGUCCCUACACAUCUCUGCAGCUGGGAGGUUGGAGAUGUUUCUCCCAGGGCUGGGAUCCUGAACAGACUGGAUCCUGUCAUGGCUGUGCUGCCUUGAGGUGGUGGCUGCUGGAAAAUGGGCUGUGGCUUGCUCACAGGUGUAAGAGUGAGCUGGUCUCCAGCCUGGCUGUGAGGAGGAGACCUCUGGGAAAAGGGGUGAGAGCAGCAAGAGCCCACCCACACGCAGUGACUGAGCCACUGACUUCAUGCUGGCUCCCCACAUGCAUGGAGCUCAGAGAUGGGCUCAUUUCCAGACAGCCCCGUGUUCCCCGGGCUAUGGAGGCACCACAGAGGCGAGGCCAUGGCUUUCUCAGGACUGGGAGCAGCGCUCCUGGGGUUUGGCUCCAGCAGGAGCUGGGCUAGUGAACCUGUACGCACAGGGACUCCUCUGACAGCCAACCUGCUGUGCCAGCCUGGGUGUGUUCCCAGCAGCUGCAGUGCUCAGCUUUCUGGCUUUACUGGCAGGCAGCUGCCCUGCACAGCGUCUUUGGUGUUCAUUCUGCCCACAUCUGAGUCUCCCAGUUGCCUGGGGUGCAUCAGCUGGGAGGACUGGCCAUGGUGCCAGGGGUGGUGCAAGCAGCAGGUAUGAAUGUACAUCAGGAGCAGGGGUGAUGGGUGUGACCAGUGUUCAUCUUCACAGGCCUGUCCCCAACACCUGCAUCCCAGCCACCCCUGUUCCCUCCUCGGAGAGUGAUGGGAGCUGGUGGCCCACACGAUGAAUUAUUUCUGGUGUGAGCCCAAGGGCCAAAUACUGCACCCCAAGAACUGCUCAGCACACAAAAGAGCACAAUGGGUGGGCACUGGCAGAGCAAGGGGGUUGGGGUCACUCCUCUUUGGGAAAAAUGGGGACUUGGACUGAUAAUGCUACAAAGCAGAUAAAAGCCUGCCUUUUCCAGCUGUAUGGGUGUGCUGAGACAGCAGGUGCCAAGGGGACACUUGGAUGCACUGGGUGGAUGAGGCCAAUGUGGAGCAGGUGAGCUGAUGGGACCCUCAGCCCUGUCAGCAGAGGCCCUUCAGCUCUGUACCUGUUCCACCAGACGAGCAUGAGGUUUUUAAAAGGUUUUUAUAUAGUUUUGCAUUUCUGGUAUGACUUACUCUAGUUUUGAUUUCUGAUAUUGGGCCAUACUAAAUCUCUAGUUGGGUCAGUGUUUUCUGUAGCCAUGGGCACCACAAAUGACUCAAGACUUAAUAUAUUAUUUGCAAGGAUAUUGUUAUAAUGUGAAAAUAUAUGCAGAGUAUUUUGUAAUGUUCAAUAAAUUGGAGUUGGAGCAGA